CGCUGCUAUAAAUCCCGGGUCUCAACCCCGUCCCUCACACCCCCGUGCAUACCCUCUCUACCCUCCCUACCUCUCGACCAAGCGCGGCGGCACCAGCACCGUCGGCGGCUCAAGAGGUAGAGUACUACCACCAAGCAAGAAAUGGCGGCCGAGACUUUCCUCUUCACCUCCGAGUCCGUCAACGAGGGUCACCCCGACAAGCUCUGCGACCAGGUCUCCGACGCCGUCCUCGACGCCUGCUUGGCGCAGGACGCCGACAGCAAGGUUGCUUGCGAGACAUGCACCAAGACCAACAUGGUCAUGGUCUUUGGUGAGAUCACCACCAAGGCCACCGUCGACUAUGAGAAGAUUGUGCGUGACACCUGCCGCAACAUUGGCUUCAUCUCCGAUGAUGUUGGCCUUGAUGCUGACCGCUGCAAGGUGCUUGUCAACAUCGAGCAGCAGUCUCCUGACAUUGCCCAGGGCGUGCACGGACACUUCACCAAGCGCCCUGAGGAUAUCGGUGCUGGUGACCAGGGAAUCAUGUUUGGGUAUGCCACUGAUGAGACACCCGAGCUGAUGCCCCUCAGCCACGUGCUCGCCACCAAGAUUGGCGCUCGCCUCACCGAGGUGCGCAAGAACGGCACCUGCGCCUGGGUCAGGCCUGACGGCAAGACCCAGGUCACUGUUGAGUACCGCAACGAUGGGGGUGCCAUGGUCCCCAUCCGCGUGCACACCGUCCUCAUCUCCACCCAGCACGACGAGACCGUCACCAAUGACGAGAUUGCUGCUGACCUCAAGGAGCAUGUUAUCAAGCCGGUCAUCCCAGCGCAGUACCUCGAUGAGAAGACCAUAUUCCACUUGAACCCAUCUGGUCGCUUUGUCAUUGGUGGCCCUCAUGGAGAUGCUGGCCUCACUGGUCGCAAGAUCAUCAUCGACACCUAUGGUGGCUGGGGAGCCCACGGUGGUGGUGCUUUCUCUGGCAAGGACCCAACCAAGGUUGACCGCAGUGGUGCCUACAUUGCCAGGCAGGCCGCCAAGAGCAUCGUCGCCAGCAAGCUUGCACGCCGAGUCAUCGUGCAGAUCUCGUACGCCAUCGGUGUGCCUGAGCCCUUGUCUGUCUUCGUCGACACCUACGGUACCGGCACCAUCCCUGACAAGGAUAUCCUCAAGAUUGUCAAGGAGAACUUUGACUUCAGGCCUGGGAUGAUCAGCAUCAACCUUGACUUGAAGAAGGGUGGCAACAGGUUCAUCAAGACUGCUGCCUAUGGCCAUUUUGGCCGUGAGGACCCUGACUUCACCUGGGAGGUGGUGAAGCCACUCAAGUUCGACAAGGCUGCUGCUUAAGAACUGGAUAUGAAGACUGCUGCUCCUGCUGCUGGAUGUAUCUUCGAUAAAUGAGUUGUUGCGCUUCAGAAGGAAGGAGGGGUUCGAUAUCGCCGUGGACACGCUGCAUUGGGCGUCUAGUGAAUCGUAUUUUGGUCUGGCAGACUGAAUCAUGUGCUGAGUUUAUACUAGUCGGGUCUUUUGAUUGUGUUUCUUUUCAUUUUGUGUCUUCUGGAACUGCAGUAGUUGUGCAGUUUGCUCUAUCGGUCGUCCUGUUACUUUUUAGUUUGCUGAAACUUGCAUCUGUGAUACCAUAUGUGAUACUAGCACCCUGUUCUUUCCAGUUCUCAAUACAUUAUGCACUCAAAUACUCUUGAUUA